GAAGAUGACGCUUCACGCUGCGGUCGGAAGGGCCCAAAACCCCCGCCGCUUUGGCCAAAAUAUUGGCCGAACUGUACAAAGGGGAGAAGGAGGAGUUCACUCGUCUCCAAUAUCGACAUAGAUUUUCCAUGUAUAAUCCUCCUAGCUGGGUAAGUUCCAAUCCCACCAUUUUACUGAAUCCUCUUAUUGUAUCCUUUUUAAUGGAUAGUAAUCUAUCCACUCGCAAUAGGAAUGGCGAAAGGCUACCAAGGGGAUCCAUAGCCCCGCCCCCAGCCGGAGGAUCACAAUCAGGACCUUGACCCCGAAUUCGAAGAAGAUCUGAACAUAUUUGUGGAGCUUGGGAAUGGAGUAUUCUACCAGGCAAGCUAUGAUGGUAUAGAAGUGUCCAUCAUCGCCGAUUAUCCCGGCCUCCUCCCUGCUUCACAUGUAAGUAAUUUAAGAGACACCUUCUUCGAAAGAGCUUCCUUAUUAUGCCUUGCCCACCGCGCUAUUUCGUGCUCCAAAGGGGAGGCGCUCGACGCCACAACGCGCACUAGAAGCAUCUCCAAGGAGAGCGGUGCCCACGCCAAGCACAUCUUCAAAGAGAAAGGCAAACGAUAAUACGGCAGAACCUUCAUCAAGGAGGUAAGGCUUUCUUUUUUAAAAUAUAUCUCCUAGUCGCCACAUCAAAUCGUGACGUCAUCCACCGCAUUAUAUCAGGAAAAGCGUCCACCGGACUAUGUCCAGGGAUCCUGCCGGUCGUGCCUCCACUAGUUAGGUUCCAGACCCUGCCCUAAGGCCGGGGGCUGACACGGUAGUGGCGCUGGACUGUCCUUCCGCAGAGGAUACGGACGAUAUGUCCAUCACGAACUCUGAAGUAGAGAGCGCCAUGAAUCAUCGCUAUUGGAGGGCCGUUCUUGGUGACUGCGGCUUUUCAAAGGAGGCAUUCGAUGCCUUCAGCUCGGUUGAUGCGUACAUUCGAGCUGCUCAAGAUGGACUUGCCAGAGCCACGGACCAGCAUCCAAAAGAUAUGCGGGCACUUAUGGCGAAGAAUAGACUGCUGUCUCAAGAGCUGGAAAAAUGUCAGAGUCAGCUAACUGCGGCUACCUCCGAAUUGGAGAAAUCCAAGGAGCCACCACCAGAAUCGCUAGAGCAACUGAGAGAGAAAUUGAUGGUCGCCUAGGCUGGUGAAUAAGAGGCCAAAAGGCAACAUGCGGCAGGCGAGCGUGUGCUGACGCGGGUCAGGGAGGAAAAGAACAAGCUCCAGGAUUCCCAUACCCAACUGGGCGAAGAACUAAAAGAUGUUCGAGCCCACCUAGCUGACGCCGUCAAGGAGAAUAGGAGGCUACAAGGCGGCAUAUUUAGUAUGCUUUUCAAACUUGCCUCCCUAUCAUUCGACGAGGGCAGGAACUGACAGAUUUAUGUCUGUAGGUAUGCUGACUGGCCGCCCCAAAGAGGAAAUGUCCGGAUCUCAAGGCGACCCGCUACAAGAGCUGCCCCGGAUGCAUGAGAGAGUUCGGCAAGCAAUGUGGAGUGUUGCCAAGGCUUUAUGGCCAUCCGCCUCUCCUCUAUGAGGUAUGGCGGAGCUCGUGGAGCUAUUCAAAUGGGCACGACAGCGCAUUCGAUUAUGGAAGAUAUCAGCCUGCCAAGAAGGUGCGCGAGAGGCCUGGGCCAUGGUAAAAACACGGUAUACAAAGCUUGAUCCAAAUCAUAUGGCCCGAGUCGGACC